CGUGUCAUUUCUAAAGCAAUUAACUCAUUACUUUGUGAGGAAUUAUAUAUAUGCAAAUGCAAUAAGCUGUAUAGUACCUUCACAGAGUGGUGGAGCAAGACAAAGCGUUUGAAAAAUCUGAUUUUAUAUAUAUAUAUAUAUUUUAGAGAAAGUUUUGAGCGUGUGAAAAGCCAUCAAUGGCGUCUGCGAGGGAAUUCAAGGAAAAGAGAGCCGAGGCCGCCGCGAAGCUUGCGGCGUCGGAUCUCGAAGAGAUUAACAGAGAGAGGGAGGAGUCUCAGCAGCAAGAAGAGAGGCCCGGUGUUAUUGGGUCUGUGCUGAAGGCAGUUCAUGAAACGUACGAGCAUGCGAAGGAAACUGUUGUUGGGAAGAGCGAGGAAACUGCGGAGACGACAAGGGAAAGCGCAGAGAAUGCCGCCGAGAAAGCAGGGGAGAAUAAAGACAGUGCGGCGGAGAAGGCGAGGGAGGCGAAGGAGACGACGAAGGAAAAGGCGGAAGAGUACAAGAAGUAUGCAGCGGAGAAGGCAAAGGAGACGAAAGACUCGGCAUUGGGAAAGGCGGGGGAGUACAAGGAGUGUGCGGGGGAGAAGGCAAAUGAGACAAAGGAUUACAGUGCUGAGAAAGCAAAAGAGGGGAAGGAUAAGCUUGGGGGGCUGAAAGAGUCGGCUGCUGAUGCUGCUCGAAGAGCCACGGGUUUCUUGUCUGGAAAGAAAGAGGAAGCCAUGCAGAAGACGGAAGAAACCAAAGAGACAACCAAGGAAAAGUUGAGCGAAGCGGAGGAGGAAGCUCGGCGGACGGUGGAAGAGUUGAAGGUGCGAGGUGGCGAGGAGUACAAGGAUGAUGCUGAUAGGGGGAGUAGUGCGGCGAAGGUUGGGGUGGAUGUGGAAGAGACCCGGCCGGGAUAUAUAGCUGCGAAGCUGAAAGAGGCUGACCAGGUGUCCGGCCAGACUUUCAACGAUCCGGGUCGCAUAGAUGAUGAGGGCGUCAUACGUUUGGACCGCCAGGGCAAGAUGUGAUAUAUCAACAUGUUGGGUGUUUUGUUUUCUGCUUUUUAUCUGUGAAUUUUGUUGCUGUUUAUAUUAACUUAAUUUCCUUGUUUUUUAA